AUGGGUGGCCCAGCGCAUGACGGACGCUUUCGUGGCAAGACAAUCAAGGGUGUCAAGGUCAACUGCGAUGGCGAUGUGAGGCUGCUCGGUACCACAACCUAUGAAGCCGUGGACGUGCCUCCAACCCAUCCUAUCUUCUACGAUCACGACGAGCCCAGCAUUGCCAAGCAUAUUGGCCUCUCCGUCCUGACUCGGAAGUGCGAGCCGAACCCAAUUUGGGCGAAAGGCAGCUCGAUGGGUUUUUACGACAACCAACCAGUCACUUUUCUGCACAUGGACUGCGACUUGAACACUAUGAGCGUUCCGGGCUGGGGAUGGGCCCCAAACAAGUGGCAAAACAAGGUCGGGAGCGUUCUCAUUGUGCGCAAGGACUGCAAGCCUCUGCUCCCGCUGCAUGCGGCUGCGCUUUGCAACUACUGCCAGACCUAUCUUCAGCCGCGUUUCGAAAAGGCUGUUGAAGCUACAGGACCGAACAUGAUGGCCACGAGGACGAAUUUCUUGGCUAGAAUCACGAGGGAGAACUUUGAGCUCUGCUGGAAGGAGACACUGGAGAACAAAGAUGUCUACGGAUCAAACAUGGAUGCCCCGAAUCCCUAUGACGUAGAUUGA